AUGUUGGACAGGACGAUCCGCGGAAUUUUCUGGACAGCCGAGGAGCAGGGAUUCAUCGGGGCCCAUCAAUAUUAUGCGGAUCACGGGGAUGGACAACGAGGAGAAAAGUUCGUGUUCGUCUCCGAGUCGGACAACGGUGCCUUCAAGCCGACAAACUCCACGUCGAAUCUGGCAUUCAAGGGAAAUCGAGAACAGAUGGACAUCAUGCACGAAAUCGUGGCCAUCAUCAAUGCCUACGGGAUCCCGUUGAAGACAAUCUACAGUAAUGCACAGAAAUCCCUGGUCUUGAGCGCCACCUCAACGCUCGAGGUGCAGAUCACCGACUCCGAUGAGGACGAGUCGCCGAAUGCUGAGGCUCAACGAAAGCUGUGCCUGUGCGCCUCCCUCAACCCAGAAUUCAGCCAAGAGGCCGGACAGCGACUGCGGAAGGGGUCGUACAUCUCGUUCCCCUACCACACACAUCAGAUAACCGACGACUACAAGGUGUCCGCUGAGAUCAUCGGCAUCGGCGAGUCGGGCAAAGUGAUGGCCUGCUACAACCUCGUCGACGGCACCAAGUACGCCCUGAAGGUCCUUCGCGACUCCCCGAAGGCGAGGCGCGAGGUGGAGCUGCACUAUUUGACGUCAAGCCACGAAAACGUCGUCACGAUCCAUGACAUCUACGAGAACACGUUCGAUGGGUUGAAAUGUUUGCUGAUCGUCAUCGAGUUCUUGGAAGGAGGAGAUUUGCUGUCACAAUUCGAAGGCCAGGGGAGCAAGCCGUAUUCGGAGAAGAAAAUCGCCGAAAUCCUCCGUCAAAUCGGCAGCGCCGUCCAGUUCCUCCACGACAUGAACAUUGCGCACCGGGACAUUAAGCUGGAGAACAUUUUGUGCAGCUCAACCGGCCCGGAUUGCGUCUACAAACUCGGUGACUACGGGUUCGCCAAGCGGCCGGAACGUAAUGUCCUGAUGGAGUCGCCGUGCUGUACGCCGUAUUAUGCUCCUCCCGAAGUGCUCGGACGGGAGCGGUACGACAAGUCGUGCGACAUGUGGUCUCUUGGUGUUGCUAUGUACAUAUUGCUCUGCGGGUACCCUCCAUUCUAUUCCAUGGCCGGACUGGCGUUGUCGCCCGGAAUGAGGUCCCGAAUUGCCAAGGGCUACUACGCAUUCCCGCAUGAAGAAUGGGACCCGGUUUCGGAAUCGACCAAAUCCAUCAUCCGAACGCUCCUCAAGACGAAUCCCGCCGAACGUCUCACCAUCCACCAGCUGAUGAGGAGCACGCUGGUGAGCGGCGACACCGAGCGGGCCACCCCGAUACCGAUUCGAGGCUCUGAGGACGAGGGCUCCUCCAGCGACUCGUACCAUGAAGAGGAAGACUUUGACGUCACCUCAAACAUCCCCGACAUGCCGCGCUCGGUCCGAUUCCUGCGCGACGGCGUCAAGGCGCCGCGACUUCACAGUAUCCAGGAAGAAGUCGGGCGAGCCCUGGAUGCGAUGCGCCUCGGUGGCGACCUCGUCUACGUGAAGCCCCCAAAGCUCCAGUGCACCUCCCUGCUGGCCAGGAGGCGCAGUAACCAAUCUAUUCCACAAGUGCAACUCAACUAC